AACACUAACACCUACUGCGUUUUGCUUGCCGUGCGGCUUCUGCUUAUAAACAAUUGUGAUUUUUCGUAGUUUAUACAAAUAAAUCUAUAAAAUGAAUGCUCCACCAACUUUUGAAUCUUUUUUGCUCUAUGAAGGCGAGAAAAAAAUCAUCAAGGAAUUGGACACAAAAGUGACGAAUGCAGCAAUAUUCACGAUCAACAAGGAAGACCAUACCUUGGGCAACAUGAUCCGCAACCAGCUGUUGAAAGAUCCCAAUGUGCUGUUUGCCGGCUAUAAGGUGCCACAUCCACUGGAGCACAAGUUCGUCAUCCGCAUACAGACAACCGCAGAGUAUUCGCCGCAGGAGGCUUUUAUGAAUGCUAUUACCGAUCUUCUGGCAGAGCUUUCACUGUUUGAGGAACGGUUCAAGGAUGCCAUCAAAGAAAAGAAGGAAGGUGGCGAUUAGUUUUGUGGCGCACUGUUAAUUUUAAAAGUUUUUUAAAUCCUAGAGAACGACUUCCCAUAAACGUAAUUAAGAUACUCGUA